AUGACCUAUUGGAUACAGCCAAUCCGACUGGCUUUGGCACCCCCAACAGCAACUUCCGAGCAGAUGUUCGUCACGUAUUCGGGCUUCUGUUUACUCCCAGCCUCCGUGUUUUCUGUGCCCGAGGGGGCCAUACUUCGAGAUGGAGAAUGGAUCAGUAGUCUGUUCUGCAGAACUCCCUCGGCCGCUACUGCCAAGAUGUCGAGCUCCAAGGCCGCGAUGAUGUUCAUCCGAUUCUGCAUCCAAUACUCCAGCGUCGCGGUCCUAUACUACGAUUACGCACUCACCUGGACGCGCGAAGUCCAGCACUUCUGGCUACGCAAGUUCUCGCUCUCGACCGCGUUGUACAUCGCCUUCCGAUACGGUAUGGUGGCGAACGUGAUCUACACGCUCGCGCUCGCCGAGAAGCUGCCCACACUAAGGAGUGAGAUACUCUUGUGCUUGGAGUGGACGAUCGCUGCUAUACUGGCAUGUAUAGGGAGGACCGCUAUCGUUGUCGUCUGGGGCGCGCGGACCUACGCCGUCUUCGACAGGAACAAGUGGAUUCUCGCCAUAUUCACGCUCUUCGGGUUGACGGUGAUCGGACUGGCAAUCCUUCACAUCCCAUACGUCGCAUGUAACGGGAACAGAGGAACACCACCAGGUGCGAAGCGAGGACUCCUUCCUGGUCGCCGAGCCCGAUGGUUGACUGUUGACUGA